AUGCGUGUGGCGGCUGCGCAGGACGCCCGGCCACACCCAAAUACCAGCUGCCUGCGUUCGACCCGCGAGCCGCCGUCGACGAAGGAAAGCGGAUGGCUCCAGAGACCCGCUGCCAGGGCGGAACAAGAGGUGGUCGUGCUGGUGGGGCCGCCCGGUUCUGGCAAGAGUCACGUGACCCGGCGUCAGCUGGUGCCGGCUGGCUACGUGCCGGCCAACAGAGACACGCUCAAGUCCUGGCAGAAGUGCGUCCAAGUGGUGGAGCAGGCUGUCAAGGAGGGCAAGAGCGCUGCCGUCGACAACACGAACGGCGACCGGGAGAGUCGGCAGCGGUACGUGGCGCUGGGCCGGCGCCUGGGCGUACCGGUCCGAUGCCUGCUGAUGACCACCUCGCUGGCCCAGGCCAAGCACAACAACAAGUUUCGCGAGCUGACUGAUCCCAGUCACCAGCACGUCACCGAAAUGGUCUUCAACAUGUUCAAGUCCCGAUACGAGGAGCCCACCGAGGACGAGGGCUUCUCGGAGGUGACCAGGCUCGCGUGCGUGCCGACGUUUGACGACCGGGAGCGGGAGCGGCUCUACCGGUUCUACCUGACCGAGAAGUGAGCGCCGGACGUCACACUGCUCGUCCCCGCCGGCUCUACCCGACCGGGAACGGGAGCGGCUCUACCGAUUCUACCUGACCGAGAAGUGAGCGCCGAACUUCACACUG